AAAAAAAAAAAAACGCAAAUAGAAAUGAACAACAUUUUCCGUUUGGCAUAGAGAUGAGCUUUACACCUAAGUCCGAACCCGUAAGCCUUAAACAUCACAUGAACCCCAAAUCCACUUGUACUUGGAAUUGAAUCUGAUGGUCAUGGCCCUUCCUAAUCUCGCCUCCUCCUUCUCCAACCCUACCGCCGCCACCACCGCCGCCGCCGCUUCCGCCCCGUUAUCGCCUUCGGAUGACCCGUCUAAGAAAAUUAGAAAACCCUACACCAUUACUAAGUCACGUGAAAGCUGGACCGAACCUGAGCACGAUAAAUUCCUUGAAGCUCUUCAACUCUUUGACCGUGACUGGAAAAAGAUUGAAGCGUUUGUUGGAUCAAAAACUGUUAUUCAGAUACGUAGCCAUGCUCAAAAAUAUUUUCUGAAGGUCCAGAAGAGUGGAACCAGUGAACAUCUUCCUCCUCCUCGGCCAAAAAGAAAAGCUGCUCAUCCCUACCCACAGAAAGCCUCAAAAAGUGCUCCAGCUGUCUCACCAGUGCCUACAUCUUUUCAAGCUACCCUUCCAUUACCGGAACCUGGAUUUGUAAAAAGGCCUGAUUCUUCCUUGUUACCUAGUAAUCCAGCUACUGUUGUGUCUGUGCCGUCAUGGACUGACAACUCUGUGCCACCAGUUAGUUUGUUGCAAAUGAAGAAAGAUAACGUGAGCGAAGCAGGUCAGCCAGUCACCAAUAACCGUUGCUGCAGUAGUAAUGAAAGCACUCCAAGAUCAAAAUCAACAGUUGAGGUGACGGAGCGGACUCAAACACCCUCACUGAGAGUUUUGCCUGACUUUGCUCAAGUAUACAAUUUCAUCGGCAGUGUAUUCGACCCUGCUGUUACAGGACACUUGCAGAAAUUGAAAAAAAUGGAUCGCAUUGAUGUUGAGACGGUGUUGUUGCUGAUGAGAAAUCUCUCCAUCAACCUUACGAACCCUGACUUCGAGCAUCAUAGGCAGCUGCUUUCAUCUUAUGAUAUAGACAUCGAGAAGCAGUGCAAAUGAAAUCAUCAAUGACAGCCAACUUUAAAGUGCUGCUCAGUUUAGUACUGCAUACUAUGACCUUUGCAUGCCAUUCCCAUUAUUCUUUUGCUCGAGAGUGUUAGUCCUAAUCAAUGCCAUAUCGAAGUUGGUCGAGAACAAACGGCAAGUGGAGGACCCACAUGUAAUAAUACCAGAAGCCUUGGUUUGUUCGAUAGCAGCUGCUAUUUCACUGUCAAAGUUCUUUUGCUUGUGCAGUCCAUAUUUGUGUAUAUACUGUAAGAUAUAAACAGAGAUGAUAGUUGUGAUGAGGGAACUUAAAUAUAUAAAGCUGGGUUUAUGUAAAUUCAAGUUUUGACAGACUCCAGCGACUGCGGUACUGGCAAAUUCUUCAUGCCAAAUGUAAAUGCUUCAACAAAUGAGAUCAUUGAUUUUCGCUGGUG